GCCUAAACGAUGGGAUGAAACUCUGGAGAAACCACCGUUGGAUUAUUCCGAAUUUUUUGACGAAGAUGCUGGUCAAAUUCCUGGUUUGUCUGUAUGGGAAAUAGAAAAUUUUUUACCCAAUGAAAUAGAAGAAGUAGCGCACGGAAAAUUUUAUGAAGGCGAUUGCUAUAUCGUUUUAAAGACCGAGGUUGAUGAAGCUGGAUCCUUGAUUUGGGCAAUUUAUUUUUGGAUAGGAGAAAAAGCUACGUUGGACAAGAGGGCUUGUGCUGCGAUUCAUGCCGUAAAUUUACGUAAUUAUUUAGGUGCGCAAUGCCGUACUAUUAGAGAAGAACAAGGCGAAGAAUCGGAUGAAUUCCUAAUGUUAUUCGAAUCUGGUAUUACAUAUAUCGAAGGAGGUCGUACCUCGUCUGGAUUUUACACGGUCGAAGAUACGCCAUCGAUAACACGAUUGUACAGAGUACACGCUGCCGAUGCUUCGAUCCAUUUAGAACCCGUUCCUGUCUGUUUCGAUUCCUUGGAUCCGGGCUUCGUAUUCGUCUUAGAUACAGGAAAUAAGAUUUUUAUAUGGUACGGCAAGAAAGCGAAAAGUACGCUGAAAUCGAAAGCGAGAUUAAUGGCUGAAAAGAUUAAUAAAAACGAAAGGAAGAAUAAAGCUGAGAUCAUAACAGAAAUCAUGAAUACAGAAUCGGACGAUUUUCUAUCGUGUUUGAACUUUAAAGAUGCCUCGCAUUUAUCACCUACCAUAAUUGAACAUGUAGAUGUGAAUUUUGUACCACUCGCGCCACGUUUGUAUCAAGUGCAACUUGGUAUGGGUUAUUUGGAAUUACCUCAAGUCGAAGUACCUCAUGGGAAAUUAAGAAACACGCUUUUAAACAAUCGAAAUGUUUAUAUAUUAGAUUGUCACGUAGAUGUUUACGUUUGGUUCGGUAAAAAAUCUACGAGAUUGGUACGAGCAGCAGCGGUUAAAUUAUCUCAAGAAUUAUUUAACAUGAUAGAACGACCAGAAUAUGCGAUGGUAACCAGAUUGCAAGAAGGAACUGAAUCACAGAUUUUUAAAUCGAAAUUUGCUGGAUGGGAUGAAGUUAUAGCGGUUGAUUUCACUAGAACUGCCGAAUCAGUUGCCAAAACUGGUGCGGAUCUUACAAAAUGGGCGAAACAACAGGAAACGAAAGCAGAUCUAGCCGCACUCUUUAUGCCUAGGCAGCCACCUAUGACAUUUACCGAAGCUCAACAGCUAAUGUUGGAAUGGAAUGAUGAUUUAGAGGGGAUGGAAGCGUUAGUUUUGGAAGGGAAAAAAUUUGUACGCUUACCGGAAGAAGAAUUAGGGCAUUUUUAUAGCGGUGAUUGUUACGUUUUUUUGUGUCGUUAUUGGAUGCCAUUAGAUACGACGGAAAAUGAGGAUGGCGAUGAACAAUUUGAAGAGGAUUAUCAAUGUACUGUGUAUUUUUGGCAAGGCAGAGAUGCAGGAAAUAUGGGAUGGUUAACGUUUACCUUUAGUUUACAGAAAAAAUUUAAAUCUUUAUUCGGUGAGAAUUUGGAAGUGGUUAGAACUCAUCAACAACAAGAAAAUUUGAAGUUCUUGGCAUAUUUUAAAAGAAAAUUCAUUAUUCAUCACGGUAAGCGUAAACAACCUAAAGCUUGUGGUAAUAACAAGGUCGAAUUUUAUCACUUGAGAAGUAAUGGAAGUGCAUUGUGUACCAGACUGAUACAAAUACCAGCUGAUUCAACGCUAUUGAAUCCUUCAUUUUGUUACAUUUUAAAUGUGCCGUUUAACAAUGAUGAUGAGACAGGAAUAGUAUAUGCUUGGAUCGGUUCCAAAGCUGAUAGCGAGGAAGCACGUUUGAUUCAAGAGAUCGCCGAAGAAAUGUUUAAUAACCCAUGGAUAAGUUUACAAGUUUUGAAUGAAGGUGAAGAACCGGAUAAUUUUUUUUGGGUAGCUCUUGGUGGAAAGAAACCAUACGAUAAUGAUGCGGAAUAUAUGAAUUAUACUAGACUCUUUAGAUGUUCGAACGAAAAAGGAUAUUUUACUAUUAGCGAAAAAUGCACCGACUUUUGUCAAGAUGAUUUGGCGGAUGAUGAUAUUAUGAUACUUGAUAAUGGUGAACAAGUAUUUUUAUGGUUGGGAAGUCGAUGUUCAGAAGUAGAAAUUAAAUUGGCAUAUAAAUCUGCUCAGGUAUACAUCCAACACUUACGAGUAAAACAACCGGAUAAACCGCGUAAAUUAUAUCUAACUGCGAAAGGAAAGGAAUCUCGAAGAUUCACCAAAUGCUUUCAUGGUUGGAGUUCGCAUAAAAGGCCGCUUCAAUAAAAUAAUUUUUUUGGUAAAAUAGAAUGUCUCAAUUUUUAUCGUUUU